CACGAGUUGUAGCAGGAGGAUGUUGUUGCCCCAGCGGUGGAUGAGAACGUGCAGUAGCCACACACACAUUUGGCGGUUUUAAAGAGCCUUAUGAUCUCUUCAAAAGACAACUUUACCGUUUCAGCAUCAAGUCACGCCUCCUGUCUGCCAAAAGAAAGCUCUAUGAUGGCGAAAAACAGAGAGUGCAUCCUCUGUGAAACAGUACACCCCUCCAAGCAGGAGGUGGAUGAGCACAUGAGAAGUAUGCUGCAUCACCGCGAGCUGGAGAAGCUCAAAGGCCGGGACUGCGGACACGAGUGCAGAGUGUGCAAGGUAACGGUGGUGAGCCUGACUGAUUAUGCCAGCCACAUUUCCAGUCCCACGCACAAGAAGAAUGUGGAGGCCGCCGAUCAAAAGCAUACCGGGCACGGGCACGGGCACGACCACGACGAGGACUACUUUGACCAGACUUUGGUGGACCUGAUCGAGAAGAGAAAAGAACUGAUCAGAAAAGAAAAGGAAACUGCUGCUGCAAAACUGGCAAAGGAAGAAGAGGAUCGGAGAAGAAAGGAGGAGUUUCAGCAACGGUUAAAAGAAUCUAAGGAGCGUUACCGGCAGGAGUGUGCCUGGAAGCAGCAAUCACAGGGGUUCAAUGGAUCCAGUCAAAACAAAACCUGGUAUGGGGGCAACAAAUAUAGUGCCUACGCAGGGGAUGCACAACCCUGGCAACACGGCGCACAGGGAAAGAGCGCCACCUGGCAUGCUCAGGAGCCUCCCAACUUUCAGAGAUGGGCAUCUGGACAGUUUGCUGGUGGAAACUUGCAUUGCAACAAGCAGUGGGAUCAGGGUUCAUUUUUUGGCAAUCAACGAAGUAGACUGCCUUGGCUCAGCAACGGAGGCAGCAGUAACGGGGUCUAUGGUCGAAACAAUAUUUCCCAGAACCCACAAAGGAACCGACCCCCGAGCCUUCUCGAGCCCUUUCCUAUGUAUCCACCCCCACCCAAUUUCUUCCACCAGUAUAAAAAUACAUUCAAUGAGCAGGGAGGUCAGCAGGGCGGUCAGCAGGUGGACGGGUUUCAGAAUGGUCAGGGGCAAACAGCAGAACCUGACCACAACCCUAGUAAGAUCUCUAAGACCUUUGGUAGCAAUCCAAAGCUGGACAAAGCCUGUCGCUGGUCCCCCUAUCCAGUCACAAAGGGUUUAGAAUCUGCACCCCAUAAGGACACCAACCCAAACGCAUCAGAGCAGUUCACCAAAGUCCCCAAACCCCAGACACAAGACAAGGCCCGGGCAACCAGUGCCUUUAACAGACAAUCCCGACCUGAACAGAAAUCGGGGCAGUUGACCCCGAGUGGACAAAGUGUGGAAGAGAAAGGAAAGCAGAAAAAGAACCCCAAAACCAAAUCCAGAGAUAGUAGCAACAGCAGCGGUAGAAGCAGCAGUAGUGCCCAGGGAGAAGGACACCAGAACGCCACUCCUGGUCCUUCCAAUCAGAAGGCAAAUAAGCCAUUGCCGCCUAAAGAUGGGAAGAUGUCCUCACUCCCUGUUCUCAACAGUGCAGCACAACUCGGCAAGGCCUCCAGUCAAGCGCACGCACAAUCAAAAUCAACCGCAAAGCAGAGCGGAUUCAGUUCUCCGGCUCCACUCGUUGGGCCCCUUCAGUCCAGGCAAGAACGGCAGCUCCCAGAAACACUCAAGAAAGCCAAACAGAUUGUGUUGGAAAAGAGGGGCUCCUUGGAAAGCUCUAGAAACAACAGGAUGGAAAUGACACUGCACAUUGCGGAGGAGCAGCAGAAGGAUCGCGAACAGAGUCAGGCGGGAGUGAACAAAGAGAACAGGCAGAAUGCAGCUAAACCCAAUCUGCCAGACUCCAUCAAGCCAGAGAAGCCGGCAUCACCACCUUCAGACAGCAGCCAGUUUCUCCAAUCUUUACAAGUUAGCACCUCUACCAUGGAGAGCUCAGAGCCCGCGGCCUCAAGCCGGGACGACGAGGAGGAGAACAGGAGGCGAGCGGAGAAGGAGACGAGCCCGGUGGCCCCGGACGAAGCCCUGCAGGCCGGGCAGAGCUCAGAGAGCGACUCCUCCAGGAGCAGCGAAGCUCAGACGGUGUCGGGUUCAAACACCUCGAGUCUGUCCACACUUGACCUGCCUCCCGUCUUGAAACGUGACCUGACCAAACACGUGGGCUCCAAGAGCAAAACCGGUGGCCACGAGCCCAACCUCAACAUCGCCAGACGGGUGAGAAACGUGAGCGAGUCGCGGAGAAGUGACACAGAAAAGGACUCUGGGCUCAAACCGACUGUGCGUCAGCUCCUCAGCUCCUCUGGGUCUCGACGCAAUGUGAACUGGGAUCACGUGUAUCAGGAGGUCAGGAAGAAGCAAGACAAAGGGAAAGGCAUGCCAAGGUUUGGCAUCGAGAUGGUGCCGAUCGACCAGGAGGAAGACACCAUUCCCCUUCUUGAGGGCUUCCAGUGGGAGACGUUGAUGGACAUGCCCACCUCCCGAAAACGCUCCUUAUCAGAGAGCAGCGUCGCCCAGGCCUCCACUCACUCCCUGUUUACAACCCUCAUGUCAAACGAGACAGAAAAAAGAGACGCCCUCGGCUCAGGGGAGCAGGGAUCCUCCGUUUCUCCCAAUCCUGUAAUCGCUCAAGGGGACAAAGACAGUCAGUGUCAGCAGAAGGUGGAGCAGAUGCUUGACCAGUUUGAGGUCAAAUCGAAGAAGCAGCCGUACAAGCAGCCGGACAAGCUGACGUCUGCGACGGUGAAGGCCCUCCAGCGGUCUGAUUCAGUGCUCGGGGACAGCAGUUCGGGGACGGAGUUGUGCGACGGCCAGGGAACAGGAAAGAGGCGAAGAGCAGCUAGGGACGUUCCAAGUGCGGAGACGUCCUCCUUGGAGCACAAUAACAAAAGGAGGAAAGUCAAAUCUAAAAAAGAGCGUUUACAGAUCGACCAGCUGCUGGCCGUGUCUCUGCGGGAGGAGGAGCUGAGUCGCUCCCUGCAGAAUGUGGACACCAGCCUGAUCCAGGCCCGCACUGCGCUGGAGGCCGCCUUCAUGGAGGUGCAGCGUCUCAUGGUGGUUAAACAGCAGGUGACUGGAGAGAUGAGCACACUGAGAAACAAGCGCAUUGACUUACUUAAAGGGAUCCAAGGUCAUUUGGAGGAAGUCCCUCAGGUCAAACUAAAAGAAGAAAAGAUGGAUCCAGUAGAAGCUGAACCCCACGUACCGUCCUCCAUGCUGCUUCCCUCAGUCGCGGACACGGCUGCUGCCCCGAGUCCAAGUCCUCCUGGCGAGCCCGCCUCCCCUCCCUCCUCCAGCCAUCCCUUCAUGCCUGUAGUUGUCAAGCAGGAGCCUCAGUCUCCCGUCCAUGUCUGCCCGGAGCCGGACCCUGUGGACAAUGUGACCCGCUGUGCUCACAGCACCACUCCAGAGCUGCAUGUCGCUCCUGCCGCAGUCUCUUCACCAGAUCCUGCCCUUAACUUUAAGCCAUCUCCUGAAAUCAAACAGCGUUGUGAGAACUUUAACGACCCUGCAGACUGCAAAGAGAGCUUAUUAGGGAAGUCCUCGCAUGCAUCGAACAACUUUCUCGCCCAUUCGGACGACUCCAAAACCUCCAUAACUCCUCUCCCAGUCAGCAGCAUGAGCUCUGAGGUGGGGAGUGUUGUUGACUGUGCAGCCUCACAUGCCUUUGAGCCCCCGUCUCUCCUCAACCUGCCCGCCUCUCCCUCCGAACUGAGGAGCGGAAAGCGUGUAAGGAAGCUGAAGAAGAGGAAGGCGCUGAAGAAGGCCCAAGGGCCGGAGCAGCUGGAGAGCAGCGACACGGAGAUCGAUGGCGACGCCUCGAGGCCGAGGUGGCUUCGACCGCGCAGGAGACCAAGUGGGAGCUCUGUGGUCAGCACCUCCACCCCGCCUUCGGAAGACAGAGAGGGCGACAUGAACAUGGAGUUGGGCGAGGAGACCUCCAUGCGGCUGUGUCCGAGCAUCAAGCUUGAGAAAGAAGACCACAAGUCCCCCAAAUACGCGGUGGAGCGUCCCCAGGUGGCCCCCACCGAACUUGGGGUAAACUUGGAUUCAGAAGAAAGCAUGGAGGUCACCGCAGCCUGUCAGCAGCCCCGCAUGGACGUCCUGGUUCCUGCUUCCCCUCCGGUUCAGGUCCCAGACUCCUCCAGACCGGAGCCGCAAAGCCUGGCCUGCAACAAGGUCACCUCCACCAGUGACAUGGAUGUGUGUCGAUCCUCCGAGAGUGACCUGCCGUUCGCCGACACGUUGCCCAAGAUAACGAAGAUCUCAUCGGAUGCCUCCUCUGACCACGGGGAGGAUGAUUUGCCCACUGAGGGUGUGUUCGAAGGUCACCAGGAGGCGGUGAACGCCAUGCAGAUCUACAACGGGCUGUUGUACACGUGCUCAGGAGACCGCACCGUCAAAGCCUUCGACCUGGUGAGUCAUAAAUGUGUCGGCGUGUUUGAGGGUCACAGCUCCAAAGUGAGCUGCCUGUUGGUGUCCGUGGCUCCCAGUCUGCAUCACCGCCUUUAUUCUGGUUCCAGUGACCAGACCAUCUGCUGCUACAAUCUCAAGACACGAGAACUCGAGCAGCAGUUCUCCCUCUCGGACCGAGUCCUCUGCCUUUACAGUCGAUGGAAGGUUUUAUACGCUGGUCUGGCAAACGGCACGGUGGUGACCUUUAACCUCAAGACCAACAAGCAGAUGGACGUGUUCGAGUGCCACGGGCCGCGCGCCGUGAGCUGCCUGGCCUCGUCUCAGGAGGGGGCGCGCAAGAUCCUGCUGGUCGGCUCCUUCGACAGCACCAUCAGCGUGAGAGACGCCAAGAGCGGCCUGCUGCUGCGCACGCUGCAGGGUCACACCAAGGCCGUGCUCUGCAUGAAGGUGGUCAACGACCUGGUCUUCAGCGGCUCCAGUGAUCAGUGUGUCUACGCACACAACAUCCAUACAGGAGAGCUGGUGCGGGUCUAUAAGGGCCACUGUCACGGCGUCACGGUCGUGUCCAUCCUGGGGAAGGUGAUGGUGACCGCUUGUCUGGACAAACUGGUGCGCGUCUACGAUCUCCAGUCUCACAACCAGCUGCAGCUCUAUGGUGGACACAAGGACAUGGUGAUGUGUAUGGCUAUCCACAAGAACAUGAUCUACACCGGUUGUUACGACGGCAGCGUGCAAGCCGUCAAGCUGAACCUGAUGCAGAACUACCGCUGCUGGUGGCACGGAUGUCCGCUGGUGUUCGGGGUGACGGAGCAUCUGCAGCAGCACCUGAUCAACGACCACAUCAGCACCAACUCCCAGAUGCUUAAGUGCCGCUGGAAAAACUGCGACCAGUUUUUCUGUGCACGCAGCAACUCCAAGCAGGGGAUGCAGGCGCACGUGCAGAAACACGCUGAGGAGGAGGCUCAACUGGAGCCUUAAGGGCUGCCGUGUCUCCUCCCCCCCGGUCCUCGCUAUCUUUAACCUCCCAUAUUGGGGGGGGAUGUUUUUGGGACCCACUUGACUUCGCAGGCGCUCCCGUUGAGCCCGACGAGUGGCGUCCGACGACUCCAUCCUUUAUGUUCGGUGUUGGAAUCCAACCUUAAUACAACCACGAAAAGAGGGUUGGUUGUGCUGCUGUUGUUGUUGUUGUUUUUUUACGAUCUACAAAAACACGCCUUCCUCUCUCUUUCUCUCUCCCUGUCUGACCACUGCAGUUCCUCUUUUCACUGACCAAAGUAAGACAAAGAAACACGUGACUUCUGUUUAUUGAAGAAACUUCAGCGUUGCCGGUAUCCGAGGGAUUUGUUCUGCUUUUCUGUAGAAACUGCAACAGAAACCGGUAGUCGUCCUCCCGGUUUUGUUGCCUCCGCUAUGGCAUGGGCUCAGAGAUGUUUUUAUUGUUGUAGUGCAGUUGUGAUGUGUCACGUGGAGCAACCUGUAGUUUUAUUCUAGUUUCUUUUAUUAAGCUGACAUUCACUUAAAUUAACCGUUUAACGACGACGAGUGAUUAAAAUUUUGUACCAGAUCGCGUUUUAGUUCAGUGUGAUUUGUAUUGAAGGAGUUUUAUUGAAGUGACAUAAAUUAAUUUAUUUGUGAUUUUUUUAAAAUUUUGUUUUUUGGAAAAAGAAUAUCUUAACAAACAUCAUUUUUGUUGUUGUUGUUGACUGAUAUUCAGGCGUUUAGUUGGCUUGAAGAUGCUAUUUUGAUAAUUAACAUUUGCAGCGACAACAGAGCCUGUGUGUGUGUGUGUGUGUGUGUGUGUGUGUGUGUGUGUGUGUGUGUGUGUGUGUGUGUGUGUGUGUGUGUGUGUGUGUGUGUGUGUGUGUGUGUGUGUGUGUGUGUGUGUGUGUGUGUGUGUGUGUGUGUGUGUGUGUGUGUGUGUGUGUGUGUGUGUGUGUGUGUGUGUGUGUGUGUGUGUGUGUGACACACAAUUUACUUUUUAAGUUUUUAUUUUUGGAAUUUUAAUAAUUGGAGCAUCGGUCAGCAGAGCUGUAUUUGCCACAGUGGUGGAGGUGAAGGAUGUUUCGAGGAGGUGUAGAUGGAGGAGCUUGAAGGGAAGAACUAGGAUUCGUCUCCCAUGCCAUACCUCACCCCCUAAACACACACAAGUUGGUUAACACAAAGCCACUUUUUUUUUUUUUUAAAGGCAGAUUCGACCCGUUUUACGUUGCCAUGGUUACAGCUCUCGGUUGUGUAACGUUUCACUUCAUCCGCUCGUUAUUUACGUCUGAGAAAAGCGUGCAGUUCAUCUCUUACCUGGCAUUCUGGAGUUUCUUCAAGUUUUUUCUAGUUGUUAUUAAAGUUGUGAAGAGAUAUUUUUUAAGAAAGGGCAAUCUUAGACAUUGUUAUAACAAUAAAAACAAAAUGGUGCAACAUC